AGACGAGCUCUUUUGUCGAGGAGAGCGCGCAUUCGAGCACUUUGUUUAUUAUCGGCGACGCCACCGUGGGGAGCUAUGAUUAGAAUUAGCACAUCCGGGGAACCGAUCCAGAAACGCUUCUAUAGUUUGACUUGAUGAUUGACACACCGUCGUCUACGGCGCAUACCUUCAUACCUUCGCCCUGACAGGUAGUCGACUGUGCUGUGACAAUGUCGGAGGUCUGACGAGACAAGAAGACAACUUUUUCCCAGCGUGCCUCAUGGAACGAUACCAGGAAGACUUAGCUGGUCUGGACCCUGUCUUUCUAGAGGAGGAGGAAUGGGAUCUGUACAACUCCCUCUCGGCUCUGUCCCUGCCCAGUCCCCAACCCCGCUCCCCUCUCUGGUCCCAGGCCAGAGGCAAUGAGAGCUCCGAUGACCCUACCACCCAGGGGGUGGGUGGAGGGGUCCCCAACCCAAAUUCCUACCUGAGACCCAGGACGCAGGAGACAGAGGUCCUCCUGAGAGGAGCAGCCCUCCUGCCUCCUCCAGUACCCCCUCGGAGGAGAACCUCCAGUGCUGCUCUGCUGACUAAUGCUCAGAAGAGGUUCUCCUGUGAUCUGACUGUACCCACUAUCAGACUGAACCGCUUUAAUACAGCCACAUAUAGUCAUCUGGAUACCUGGCGCAUCAAACUGAUAGACACUCCACAAGGAAGCACCAAACAACUGGCUUCUCUCUGCAUGUUGACGUCCAAACUGUUGUCUAGGUACCCCCACACUGACCAGGUGUCUAACUCAGGGGUGGUGUGGGGGCGUGUGUCACCUAUCCACCCUUCCUUACUGCAGGAGGCUGAGAUCACCGUCAAUGUGUCAACUCCCUGGGUCCUUCACCAAUUACCCAUUCACACCAUGUUGAACAAGACAGUCCAGACCCUGAUAGAUGAGAUCUUGCUGCUCCUGGAACAGACUAACCCAAGAGACAGUGGAUACUACCUCCUGAAGUUGUGUGAUUCUGAAGAGUACCUCAGGAAUGAGGAGAUGCUGGGUAUGCACGGGAGCAUCCAGGACUAUCAUAAGUGUUCCCUGGAAGUCCCUCUCAGAUUACUACAGGUUAACACACUACAGAAUCUGUUGGCAAGGGACGUUGAGGACGACAGAGCUCCGUGUCACCUGUACCAACUCCUUGGCUCUGCUUGUGUCUUCAACACAUCAAGGUUGAGCCUCCAGGAGAAGCUGAGUUGCUAUAACAAGGAGGUUAACAAACUGAUGAGGACCAAGUGUGGCAGUCAUCUUAACCUGCUAUUGGAUGAGGUCCGUACCAUCAUCAACCUGCUGUGUGGGAUCUCUACUAGAGAGCUGGAGGAGGCUAUCGGCAAGCUACGGAGGAUUAAACCUGUAGCACUGGACCAUUUGGAAAUGUACGAGUGUGAGACCUCGAUGAUGAUGCUCCACCAGGCCCUGGGCAAACUGCUGCACGUUUUCUUUGACAACUUCAGCUCAGACUUCAGGGGCCAGGAGGUGUACCACAACCCUCCUGUCUGUGACGUAGACCACAGCUCUGACAUCCUCCAGCUCAACGUCGCAGCGCUCUACAGGCUACAACCCAACUGGUUAAACAGUUUUAAUUACUUCUCCAUUUCCUGUUCGCUGACGUAUGGAGGGAAAGAUAUCUGCGAGACGGGCGUCUCCAAGAACAUCAGCACAGCCUUGUCGCUUGGCAACAAGAUUCAGUGUCACCGCAUGAUGGUGUUCCCGAAACAGAUCAAACAGCUACCUUAUGAGUCCAUGUUGACGAUACGUCUCCAGGGGACGAAACAGGGCAAGUCUCCUGAACUGUUACGCUGGGCCGUCCUGCCUCUAUACAGUAACAGGACCCUGGUGAGUGGUACUGUCCUGCUCAGCAUGUCUAUGCUGGUGGAGCUGUCUGAGCCUCCCUCCCCUGCCCUGUCAGACAGCCACAGACAGGCUACUGGCGUCAUCCUGCAGUUGGAGUUCCCGGAGACGGCUGAGUGGAGGUAUGAAAGGCCCAUCUCCCUUCCAGGGUCUGUCUUGUUCAGUCCUCCGUGUGAUGAGCUACACAAGAAGAUAUCAGAGGUCUCCCAGAAACACUGCCUCUGCUUUUUGUCAGAAAAUGAGAGGGCAUUACUGUGGAGUAAGAGAUACUGCUGUGAUGGGAGGACCACCUUCCUGCACCUGCUGUUGGGUGGCGCCCCCCAGUGGGCUCCAGAGAACCUGACUGAGAUCUACACCAUACUGGAACACUGGACAAUACUCCACCCUGAGGAAGCACUGUUUCUACUCUCUAACAAUUUCCAUGACCAGACGGUGCGUCGAAGAGCUGUGCAGCACUUUGAGCAGACCUCUGAUAGAGAACUAGAGGAAUAUCUACCUCAACUGGUACAGGCUCUGAAGAGUGAGUGGGAGUUGAAUGGACCUCUGGUGAUGCUGCUGUUGGACAGGUCACUGAAGAGUGUUAGGAUAGCCCAGCAGCUCUACUGGUGAGUACAGAAUGCAAUGUCUGUCUGUCUGUCUGUCUGUCUGUCUGUCUGUCUGUC